UGUCGCCUAGCAGCCGCUGCCGCUCUUGAUUGCACUGGACCAGUUGGCGGGAUCCAGAGACCGGGUGGAAGCGCGCUGUGGAGCGGUCGGGCGUAGCGGCGGGACCAAGCUUGGUCCGGGCGGCAGAUGAGGGGACGCUGCUGGUUGCCAUCCUUGGUUAGAAGGUAAAGCGCAGUGAAAGAUUUCACGAUGCCACCUAAUAUAAACUGGAAAGAAAUAAUAAAAGUUGACCCAGAUGACCUGCCUCGUCAAGAAGAAUUGGCAGAUAAUUUACUGGUUUCCUUAUCCAAGGUGGAAAUAAGUGAGCUAAAACAUGCAAGUCAAGAAAAUGUGAUACACCUUUUCAGAAUUACUCAAUCACUAAUGAAGAUGAAAGCUCAAGAAGUAGAACUAGCUUUGGAGGAAGUUGAAAAAGCUGGAGAAGAACAAGCAAAAUUCGAAAAUCAAUUAAAAACUAAAGUAAUGAAACUGGAAAAUGAACUGGAGAUGGCUCAGCAAUCUGCAGGUGGUCGUGACACUCGGUUUUUACGUGAUGAAAUUCGCCAACUUGAAAAGCAAUUGGAACAAAAAGAUAGAGAAUUGGAGGACAUGGAAAAGGAGUUGGAGAAAGAGAAGAAAGUUAAUGAACAAUUGGCUCUUCGAAAUGAGGAGGCAGAGAAUGAAAACAGCAAAUUAAGAAGAGAGAAUGAGCAACUUCGUCAGGAUAUUGUUGACUAUCAGAAACAAAUAGAUUCUCAAAAAGAAACACUUUUGUCAAGAAGAGGAGAAGACAGUGACUACCGAUCACAGUUGUCUAAAAAAAACUAUGAGCUUGUCCAAUAUCUGGAUGAAAUUCAGACUUUAACAGAAGCUAAUGAAAAAAUUGAAGUUCAGAAUCAAGAAAUGAGAAAAAAUCUAGAAGAGUCUGUACAGGAGAUGGAAAAGAUGACUGAUGAGUAUAACAGGAUGAAAGCUAUUGUACAUCAGACAGAUAAUAUAAUGGACCAAUUAAAAAAGGAAAAUGAUCAUUAUCGGCUUCAAGUGCAGGAGCUUACAGACCUUCUGAAAGCAAAAAAUGAAGAAGAUGAUCCAGUCAUGGCUGCUGUCAAUGCAAAAGUAGAAGAAUGGAAGUUAAUUUUGUCUUCUAAAGAUGAUGAAAUUAUUGAAUAUCAGCAAAUGUUACAUAACCUGAGAGAGAAAUUGAAAAAUGCCCAGCUCGAUGCUGAUAAAAGUAGUGUGAUGGCUCUACAACAGGGUAUACAAGAACGAGAUAGUCAAAUUAAGAUGCUCACUGAGCAGGUGGAACAAUAUACAAAAGAAAUGGAAAAAAAUACUUUCAUUAUUGAAGAUUUGAAAAAUGAGCUUCAAAGAAACAAAGGUGCUUCAACUCUUUCCCAACAGACUCAUUAUAUGAAAAUUCAGUCAAAGGUUCAAAUGUUAGAAGAGAAAACUAAAGAGGCUGAGAGAACAGCUGAACUGGCUGAGGCUGAUGCUAGGGAAAAGGAUAAAGAACUAGUUGAGACUCUAAAGCGAUUAAAAGAUUAUGAAUCAGGAAUAUAUGGUUUAGAAGAUGCUGUUAUUGAAAUAAAGAAUUGUAAAAACCAGAUUAAAAUAAGAGAUCGAGAGAUUGAAGUAUUGACGAAGGAAAUCAAUAAACUUGAGUUGAAGAUCAAUGAUUUCCUCGAUGAAAAUGAGGCACUUAGGGAGCGCAUGGGCCUUGAACCGAAGACAAUGAUUGAUUUAACUGAAUUUAGAAAUAGCAAAAGCUUAAAGCAACAACAGUACAGAGCUGAAAACCAGAUUCUUUUGAAAGAGAUUGAAAGUCUAGAGGAAGAACGACUUGAUCUGAAAAAAAAAAUUCGCCAAAUGGCUCAAGAAAGAGGAAAAAGAGCUGCAACUUCAGGAUUAACCAUUGAGGACCUAAACCUAACUGAAAACUUUUCUCAAGAAAAUAGAGUAGGAGAAAGGAAAUUCGAUUUUACAAGCCUCAAAAAUAUAAGUGAAACACAAUUAAAGAAUGAUGUGCUAGCACAGGAUUUAUUGAUCAAGGAAGCACAGAAUAGAAAUGCAGAAAUAGAGCUUGAACGUCAUAGAAGCCAGACAGAACAGAAUGAAUUUCUUUCAAGAGAACUAAUUGAAAAGGAAAGAGAUUUAGAAAGAGGUAGAACAGUAAUAACCAAAUUUCAGAAUAAAUUAAAAGAAUUAGUUGAAGAAAAUAAGCAACUGGAAGAAGGUAUGAAAGAAAUAUUGCAAGCUAUUAAAGAAAUGCAGAAAGAUCCUGAUGUUAAAGGGGAAACAUCUCUAAUUAUUCCUAGUCUUGAAAGACUAGUUAACGCUAUAGAAUCAAAGAAUGCAGAAGGAAUCUUUGAUGCAAAUCUGCAUUUGAAAGCCCAAGUUGAUCAACUUACUGGAAGGAAUGAAGAAUUAAGACAGGAGCUCAGGGAAUCUCGGAAGGAGGCUAUAAAUUAUUCUCAGCAGUUGGCAAAAGCAAAUUUAAAGAUAGAUCAUCUUGAAAAAGAAGCCAUUCUUUUACGGCAAUCAGAAGGAUCAAAUGUUGUUUUUAAAGGAGUAGACUUACCUGACGGGAUAGCACCAUCUAGUGCCAAUAUUAUUAAUUCUCAAAAUGAAUAUUUAAUACGUAUCUUACAGGAACUAGAAUAUAAAGAAAAUAAAUUAAAAAAUUUAGAAGAUUCUCUUGAGGACUAUAACAGAAAAUUUGCAGUAAUUCGUCAUCAACAGAGUUUAUUAUAUAAAGAAUAUCUAAGUGAAAAGGAGACCUGGAAAACAGAAUCUGAAACAAUGAAAGAGGAAAAGAAAAAACUUGAGGAUCAAAUCCAACAAGGUGCUAUAAAAGUAAAAGAAUAUAAUAAUUUGCUUAGUGCUCUUCAGAUGGAUUCGGAUGAAAUGAAAAAAACACUUUCAGAAUAUAGUAGAAAAAUUACAGUCUUGCAAGUGAAUGAAAAGUCACUCAUAAGACAGUAUACUACUUUAGUAGAAUUGGAGCGACAGCUUAGGAAAGAAAACGGGAAACAGAAGAAUGAAUUGAUAUCAAUGGAAGCUGAAGUUGGUGAAAAACUUGGACGUUUGCAACGAUUUAAGGAAAUGGCCAUUUUCAAGAUUGCAGCUCUGCAAAAACUUAUAGAUAAUAGCGUUUCUUUGUCUGAGCUAGAAUUGGCCAAUAAACAGUACAAUGAACUGACUACGAAAUACAGGGACAUCUUGCAAAAAGAUAAUAUGCUUGUUCAAAGAACAAAUAACUUGGAACACUUAGAGUGUGAAAAUGCAUCCCUGAAAGAACAAGUGGAGUCUAUAAAUAAAGAACUGGAGAUUACCAAAGAAAAACUUUACACUGUUGAACAAGCCUGGGAACAAGAAACUAAAUUAGGAAAUGAAUCAAACAUGGAUAAGGCAAAGAAAUCAAUAACCAACAGUGAAAUUGUUUCUAUUUCAAAAAAAAUUACUAUGCUGGAGAUGAAAGAAUUAAAUGAAAGGCAGCGGGCUGAACAUUCUCAAAAAAUGUAUGAACAUGCAAGGACUUCAUUAAAGCAAAUGGAAGAACGUAAUUUUGAAUUGGAAACCAAAUUUGCUGAGCUUACCAAAAUCAAUUUGGAAGCACAGAAGGUGGAACAGAUGUUAAGAGAUGAACUAGCUGAUAGUGUGAGCAAGACAGUAAGUGAUGCUGAUAGGCAACGGAUUCUAGAAUUAGAGAAGAACGAAAUGGAACUAAAAGUUGAAGUGUCAAAACUGAGAGAAAUUUCUGAUAUUGCCAAAAGACAAGUUGAAAUUUUGAAUGCACAACAACAGUCCAGGGAAAAAGAAGUAGAAUCUGUCAGAAUGCAACUGUUAGACUAUCAGGCACAGUCUGAUGAAAAGGCACUAAUUGCCAAGUUGCAUCAACACGUCGUCUCUCUUCAAAUCAGUGAGGCUACUGCGCUUGGCAAGUUGGAAUCAGUUACAUCUAAACUGCAGAAAAUGGAGGCCUGUAAUUUGCGCUUAGAGCAGAAACUUGAUGAAAAGGAACAGGCUCUCUAUUAUGCCCGUCUGGAGGGGAGAAACAGAGCAAAACAUCUGCGCCAAACAAUUCAGUCUCUCCGACGACAGUUUAGUGGAGCUUUACCUUUAGCACAGCAGGAAAAGUUCUCUAAAACGAUGAUUCAAUUACAAAACGACAAACUUAAGAUAAUGCAAGAAAUGAAAACUUCUCAACAAGAGCAUAGAAAUAUGGAGAACAAAGCAAUGGAAAUGGAAUUAAAGUUAAAGGGGCUGGAAGAGUUAAUAAGUACUUUAAAGGAUGCCAGGGGAGCCCAAAAGGUAAUCAGUUGGCAUAUGAAAAUAGAAGAACUACGUCUUCAAGAGCUUAAACUAAAUAGAGAAUUAGUCAAGGAUAAAGAAGAAAUAAAAUAUUUGAAUAAUAUAAUUUCUGAAUAUGAGCAUACAAUCAGCAGUCUGGAGGAAGAAAUUGUGCAGCAAAACAAGUUUCAUGAAGAAAGGCAGAUGGCCUGGGAUCAAAGAGAAGUUGAGCUAGAACGUCAACUAGACAUUUUUGACCAUCAGCAAAAUGAAAUACUAAAAGCAGCACAAAAGUUUGAAGAGGCGACAGGAUCAUUGCCAGACCCUAGUUUGCCCCUUCCAAAUCAACUUGAGAUUGCUCUAAGAAAAAUUAAGGAAAAUGUUCGAAUAAUCCUAGAAACACGGGCAACUUGUAAAUCACUAGAAGAGAAGCUAAAAGAAAAAGAAUCUGCUUUACGGUUAGCAGAGCAAAAUAUUCUGUCAAGGGACAAAGUCAUCACUGAACUAAGGCUUCGAUUGCCUGCCACUGCAGAACGUGAAAAGCUUAUAGCCGAACUAGGCAGAAAAGAGGUAGAACCAAAAUCACAUCACACACUGAAAAUUGCUCAGCAGACCAUUGCAAAUAUGCAGGCAAGGUUAAACCAAAAGGAAGAAGUGUUAAAGAAGUACCAACAUCUUCUGGAAAAAGCAAGAGAGGAGCAAAGAGAAAUUGUUAAGAAACAUGAAGAAGACCUUCAUAUUCUUCAUUGUAAAUUAGAACUACAGGCUGAUAGUUCACUCAAUAAAUUCAAACAAACAGCUUGGGAUUUAAUAAAACAGUCCCCUACUCCAGUUCCUACCAACAAGCAUUUUAUUCGUCUGGCUGAGAUGGAACAGACAGUAGCAGAACAAGAUGAUUCUCUCUCCUCACUUUUAGCCAAACUAAAAGAAGUAUCUCAAGAUUUAGAGAGACAAAAAGAAAUCACUGAAUUAAAAAUCAAAGAAUUUGAAAAUACCAAAUUGCGGCUCCAAGAAAACCAUGCAUAUGAAGUGAAAAAAGUGAAAGCAGAAGUAGAGGAUUUAAGGUGUCUUCUGGCCCAGUCACAAAAGGAGUCACAGAGUUUAAAAUCUGAACUUCAGGCUCAAAAAGAAGCAAAUUCAAGAGCUCCAACAACUACAAUGAGAAAUCUAGUAGAACGGCUAAAGAGCCAGUUAGCCUUGAAAGAGAAACAACAAAAAGCACUUAGUCGAGCACUUUUGGAACUCCGGACAGAAAUGACAGCAGCAGCUGAAGAACGUAUUAUUUCUGCAACUUCUCAGAAAGAGGCAAACCUCAAUGUUCAACAAAUGGUUGAUCGACAUACUAAAGAGCUAAAGUCACAAAUUGAAGACUUAAGUGAAAAUCUUUUAAAAUUGAAAGAAGCUCUUAAAACAAGUAAAAACAGAGAAAACUCAUUAACUGAUAAUUUGAAUGACUUAACCAAUGAACUGCAAAAAAAACAAAAAGCUUAUAAUAAAAUGCUUAGAGAGAAAGAUGGAAUUGAUCAAGAGAAUGAUGAACUGAAAAGGCAAAUUAAAAGACUGACCAGUGGAUUACAGGGAAAAUCUCUGUUAGAUAAUAAACAAAGUUUAAUUGAAGAACUCCAAAAGAAAAUUAAAAAGCUAGAAAGCCAACUGGAAAGAAAGGUGGAUGAGGCAGAAAUAAAGCCUAUGAAAGAAAAGAGUGCCAAAGAAGAAUUAAUUAGGUGGGAAGAAGGUAAAAAAUGGCAAACCAAAAUAGAAGGAAUUAGAAACAAGUUAAAAGAGAAAGAGGGGGAAGUGUAUAUUCUAACAAAGCAGUUGAAUACUUUGAAGGAUCUUUUUGCCAAGGCUGACAAAGAGAAACUUACUUUGCAGAGGAAACUAAAAACAACUGGCAUUACUGUUGAUCAGGUUAUGGGAGUGCGAGCUUUGGAGUCAGAAAAAGAGUUGGAAGAAUUGAAAAAGAGAAAUCUUGACUUAGAAAAUGACAUAUCAUAUAUGAGGACCCGUCAAGCUCUUCCUCGAGAUUCUGUCAUAGAAGAUUUACAUUUACAAAAUAGAUACCUCCAAGAAAAACUACAUGUUUUAGAAAAACAGUUUUCAAAGGAUGCAUAUUCUAGACCUUCAAAUCUGUUAUGUGACACAACUACGCUUUCUACCCUUGCUACCAGUGUUAAUAAAUAUAGGCAUAAUAUUUAUCACAAAAAGAGCACUUUCCACAAGAACAAAAAAAAACCCAUAAUGGUGUUCAGAAUUAAAAAUGGGAAGGGAAUAGAUGCCAGUAACAACUUACAUCAUCAGGUACCUAAAAGUAUUCUACGGCAUUACAGUAAUGAAGAAAGACACACAACAGAAGAUAUUGUAGAUUCUGCGGAGUUAAAUAAAUCUGAGGCAAGACCAAAAAAUAAAUCAAGUCCGUUUAGGUCAACUAAUGGUACCAUGGCAGAUGUUAAGUCCAAUUUUGAAAAUGAACCAGAUCCUGAAAUUGAGAAAAUUAAUCAAGACUAUCAUGAAAAUAAUAAACAGGAACAUGAAAACAAGGAAGAGAAUGAGCUAGGCAAGAAUGUGAAUGGAAAGGGACACACAGCUGAAGAUGUGAGUCAUGACCACCACAUGGAUCCAGAAGGAUCUGCCGGAGAAGACCGUGAUUGUGCCACAGUUGCUGCUGCACUGACUGAGAGUGCUGAGGAGGAAGCACAGGCAAAUUCUGAAACCGAUGUACCAGUCCAGCGAAGAAAUGAAGUGUCCCAGACUUCAGGAAUAGAGUCAGAUGAACACUGUCAAAGAGAACAAGAGCUUCAGAGGGAAAACUUAAAGCUGUCAUCUGAAAAUAUUGAACUAAAAUUUCAGCUUGAACAAGCAAAUAAAGAUUUGCCAAGAUUAAAGAAUCAAGUAAGAGAUUUGAAGGAAAUGUGUGAAUUUCUUAAGAAAGAAAAAGCAGAAGUUGAGCGGAAACUUGGCCAUGUUAGAGGGUCUGGUAGAAGUGGAAAGACAAUUCCAGAACUAGAAAAAACCAUUGGUUUAAUGAAAAAAGUAGUUGAAAAAGUCCAAAGGGAAAAUGAACAGUUGAAAAAAGCAUCAGGAGUACUGACCAGUGAAAAAAUGGCUAAUAUUGAGCUGGAAAAUGAAAAGUUGAAGGCUGAAUUAGAAAAACUUAAAGUUCAUCUUGGACGUCAGUUGAGCAUGCACUAUGAAUCCAAGACCAAAGGCACAGAGAAAAUUGUUGCUGAAAAUGAAAGACUUCGUAAAGAACUUAAAAAAGAGACUGAAGCUGCAGAGAAAUUGCGGAUAGCUAAGAAUAAUUUAGAGAUAUUAAAUGAGAAGAUGACAGUUCAACUAGAAGAGACUGGCAAGAGAUUACAGUUGGCAGAAAGUAGAGGUCCACAGCUUGAAGGUGCUGACAGCAAGAGCUGGAAAUCAAUUGUUGUUACAAGAAUGUAUGAAACCAAGCUGAAAGAAUUGGAAACUGACAUUGCCAAAAAAACGCAAAACCUUACUGAUCUUAAACAGCUUGUAAAACAAGCAACAGAGAGGGAACAAAAAGCUAAGAAAUACACUGAAGACCUUGAGCAACAAAUUGAGAUUCUCAAACAUGUUCCUGAAGGUGCUGAGACAGAGCAGAGCCUUCAACGGGCGCUUCAAGUUCUAAGAUUAGCUAAUAGACAGCUGGAAAAAGAAAAGGCAGAAUUAAUCCAUCAGUUAGAAGUUAACAAAGACCAAAGUGGAGCUGAAAGCACCAUAUCUGAUCUUGAUCAACUAACGGAAAAGGUAAAAGAUUUAGAGACACAGCUCAAAACCUCAGAUAUAGAAAAGCAGUAUUUGAAGGAGGAAAUAAAAAAGCUGAAAAAAGAACUGGAAAACUUUGAUCCUUCAUUUUUUGAAGAAAUUGAAGAUCUGAAGUAUAAUUAUAAAGAAGAAGUGAAAAAGAAUAUUCUCUUAGAAGAGAAGUUAAAAAAACUUUCUGAACAAUUUGGAGUUGAAUUAAGCAGUCCCGUUGCUGCUUCUGAACAGUCUGAAGAUGAAGAGGAAAGUCCUGCUAAUUUCCCCAUUUAUUAA